GGAGAACCAUGGCGGUGCAGCAACUGACAUGGUUGCGGAUCUAAAUUACACGCAGCAAAAAACAAACCAAAAAACAAACAAACCCGGCGCUCGUAAACAUUGAAAUAUCCGUGAAGAUGAACGCGGGGAUUUGAUACCAUGUAUCAGAGUGACUUAGAAAGGCUCACGGCAUUGUCCGGUUAAGGAUAGAGGACCACGGAGAUACUACUUUAAAGUCAGUGGAAAAUGAUCAAAGCAGAGAGCAAGGGAGAACGCACGCUGCGGAGCGCGUCUCCGCACAGAAAUGCAUAUAAUUCGGACUUCCACGCCAUUAAAUGCUCCUUUGAUGGAGCCAAAUCCGAAAGUAUGGCCAACUCUUAUGCUAAUGGCUCCAGUGACCCCCGGGAGGACACCAGAGGGAGGCCGUUUGGCAACCGGAUCAACAAAAUCAAGAACAUUUUCCUGCAAAUGGAUGGCCAACAGCAGCAGGAGAACCAGGAGGUGAAACCAGUUCACAAAACGGAUGCAUCUCCGGUGUCCCCAGUAGCCAAGUUUCCAGUCAGUGCCAACAAAACCUGCCUCUGUACUGUCAACAACCAAGAACUGCAAAAUACUGACAGAACUACAAAGGGAGAGGAAGUCGAGAUAGAUAAAGCUGCCCUGGCGGAGAAAUUCUCAGUGACCAGAAAGCUCUUUGAGAAAGGGAUAAAAGAGCAGCCCUCCGCAGAGAGGCUGCUACCUGGCAGAGUUUCUGUGCGUCUGUCCCAAGGGAAUGUGUCUGAGGAGGGGUGUGGGGGUCGGAGGUCCUUUGGAUCUUCUGAAAAUAACAGUAGCAGUGACAUCAAAAGCCCAUCGUCACCCGAGAGGAGGGACAGUGAAGAUUCAAAGCAGGUCAAUAAACCAUCACUUAACGCCGGACCAAUUUCCAGGCGGUUAGAGAGUUUUAUUGCUGAUAGCGACAAUGAGGAAUCAGUUCGAAUCUCAGCUAAAAGUCCCGAACGAUCACUACCGUCACCUCUACGAGGAAGUUUUCAAAAACCCACUUCACCAGGUAUGGAUCCCACGCACCUACCCACAUCCCCAAAUUCAGACACAUCUUCCAAACCAUUAUCACCUAAAACAGACAUAGUAUUGCAAAAGCACCACCAAGCCAGCAAAAGCACCACCAAGCCUCUCUCGCUCAAUACCCAUAGCCCAUUUAAACGCUCUUCAACCCAACCAAGCAGUCCUCAACCGAGGGACCUCAAAACUUCAGUCACAUGUAGUAGCUUUUAUGAAAAUAUUAGGAGUCCAGAGGAACCAAAAAUUGAGAACCACAUCAUUCCAAGCCCAUCUAGGGACAUGCCUCCUGAGGCCCCACUAUGCCUGGGCCGUGCUGGGGCAGGAGUGGUCCGAGCCGAGCUGGUAGUGGUCCAAAAUGAGUCUUCGGAGAGUGAGGAAAAUGACAAUGAGCUUUUGGAGGAUGUUACGAUGGAGGUGAAUCUACAAAGGGAACUUGAAGGUGUGGCUGACACUUUGAAGGUGUCAUCACCACAAAACCACAUGAAGAAAGAUACAGAGGUGUGUUGGACAGCAGAGUUGAAGAAAGAGGAAUCAAAUGAAGAAGAGGAGAUUGUCCAGCAGAGAGAAAAUAACUGUUGUGAAGAUGAUGAGGAAAGUGAGCAGGAGGAUCCAGAUGAAUGUGGGAGAACAUCUCCUGUUUUUUAUAGUUUUGAGAAUGCUGCAUUUGUGGAUAAGGAAGUGGAUCCGCUUCAGAGCCAAGAGCAGCAGGAGGAAGAUGAGGAGGAGGAUGAUGAGGACUAUGAGGAGUAUGAUGAAGCUCCUGGUCUCUCUGAAGAUGAUGAACUAUCUCCACGGAGGAAGAUCAGAUUCUCCACUAAACCCAUUCGGGUGUACAGCACAUUCUCAAAUGAAGAGUAUGACCGGAGGAACGAUGAGGUAGAUCCAGUCGCAGCAUCUGCAGAGUACGAGCUAGAGAAACGGGUGGAAAAGAUGGACGUGUUUCCUGUCGAGAUAGAGAAAGGUGAUAAAGGGUUGGGCAUCAGUAUUAUAGGGAUGGGUGUCGGGGCAGAUCAAGGUUUAGAGAAACUGGGCAUCUUCGUCAAGACCAUCACAGAGGAUGGAGCUGCUGAGAAAGAUGGCAGGAUCCAUGUGAAUGAUCAGGUCGUAGAGGUGGAUGGCAUCAGUCUAGUUGGAGUUACUCAACUCUUUGCUGCCAUGGUACUCAAGAACACAAAGGGAACUGUCAGGUUCCUGAUUGGUCGAGAGAAGCCAGGAACACAGAGUGAGGUGGCCCGGUUGAUCAGUGAGACUCUAGAGCAGGAACGACAGCAGCAACAACAGGAGGACGACGCAUACGAGCAGUCCACUGACGAGGACGACCAUUACGAGGAUGACGAGGAAGGGGGAGAGGAGGGCUUCCUGGGUUCAAGUUUUGGCAGGAGUAAUGUGGAAGUGUUCGAUCUGCCUGAGAGCGAAGAAAUGUUCCUGCCAUCAAACAUGGACGUCACUCAGCUAACGUUCAGAUUUAAAGAGCUCCAGCUAAAACACAGCAUUGCAGAAGCUGAAGUUGAUGAAUUGAAAGAGAGGUUGAAGGAGUCGAAGGAGGAGCAUGUGGCGUGGAAGGCGAGGGAAGCUCAGUUAGAACGAAGCGUUCAGGAUAACUCUGAAAGAAUCGCUCAGAUGGAGAAGAACUGGCUGGAAGCUCAGGCUCUCUGUAAAAACAUCAACGCGCAAAUGAAUGACACACAGAGCCAAUAUGAAGCACUGGACAAAAAAUAUAGCAAAGCAAAGAAACUGCUCAAAGACUAUCAGCAGAAAGAAGCAGAGUUCGAGCGAAGAGAGGAGGGGCUCAGAAGAACUCUGGAUGAGAGAGAGGCAAUGUAUAAAUAUCAGAUUGAAGAUCUGCUGCAAAGGUUGGCGAUGCUUGAAUCAGGCAGUGGUCAUGAGUCUUCACUGUCAGGCAGUAAGUCUGCAGAUUCACUUCUCCUGGGUACAGACUGGAGUGAGGUCGUACCUGAAACGGAACGUUUGGACACCAGUGCUCUUCGUGCCAGAGCCCAUCUGGCUCAGAGGUCUAAACGACAACCACCAUCCCGCAGUAAACUCAAACAGACACUCAGCUCACCAGCAGGACCUGCACAGGAUGAUGAUGGGUGUAAAUCGAUGAGUCCUGAGUCUCCUCCACCUUACAGGAGAUCGAUCCAGGAGAGUUUGUCCCUGCCGCUGGUUAUAUCCUCCCCAAAAGAAGAGGCAGUCUGGUCUGGGGUGAGCAGCGGCCAGUCAGUGCAGAGGGAUUCACAACGCCCCACCCUCUCACCACCCAAAGACUCCUCCCCCGCCAUCGUAAAGAAGAGAGAGUCCAAAGGCAAGGUUAAGGAGAUCAAAGAUGAGUCCAAUGAUGCUGCUGGAAAAAACAAAAGGAGAUUCCCAGAUUUUGGUGGCUUGCGUAAAUCUGGAGGAAAAGGGAAAAAACAAAAAGAAGCUAUGAGGGCGUCACUGGACAGCAGGGGUUCAGCAGAGCUCCUGGAGGAGUCGUGUGGAGACGUUCGAGUCUCACCCUCAGAGUCCAUGACCUCGAUCCCCACCUGCAUGCCUUUCUCCUGGUUUGGAGACAAGGAGAGAGACAGAGACCCAUCUUCCUCGUCCAGCAGUCUCCCAUACACCACUGCAGACACCAGCGAGCACACACACAACUCCAAACACAAGAGUUUAUCGGUGCUAGAUGAUUCGAACCCCAGCAGUCCUGGUUCAGAUUUUUCUGGGCUAGUGGUGGAGCCCAACCUGUCAGGCCGUUCUCAUACGUUAACCUUCUCCUCCUGCGAGAUGCUGGAUGAUGAGUCAUGCUCUGGAGGGAAGGACUAUCAGUGGCAGAAUCGUCCGGUCUCUGAUUGGACAUCGCAGCAGGUGUGUCACUGGCUGAUGGGUAUGAACAUGGAUCAGUACACACCUGAGUUUAGCACACAGGCCGUCGAUGGAGAACAACUCCUCAACCUGGACAGUGACAGACUUAAGGCUCUUGGUGUGUCUAGUCAGAAAGACCGAGCCACCAUCAAGAAGAAGCUGAAGGAAAUGAAGAAAGCACAGGAGAAGAUGGAGAAACAGCAGGAAAAGCGAGAGAAAGAGGCCAGGCGCAGUGGAAGACUGCCUGCUAACACUGACUCGAUGUGCUGAAUAUUCAGUGCACGUCAUAUUUUCUUGUUUCUUAAUUUUUUUCACCUAAAAGGAUAGUUCACUUCUUAAGUUUCGUAGUCUUUCAGGCUGUUACCACUUCCUCCAACAUGCUACUAGGUUACUACUAUCAACUGAAUGAAUAAUGAACUCUCAGUUCAGUCAGUGAAGAGUAGUCAGUGAUCUCACACUAACAGCUCACUCAUGUUCUCAUGAACUUAUUUAGAGUACAUGAGUCCUGACCACUAUUUGAACAUUUGUACAUACCUGAACUAUUUUUUCUUACAAUAAUUUUGACUUAAGCCUGUGCAGCACAAAUAUGGACAAACUGUUUAUCUGGAGUGUUUAUGGACUGCUCAUUUUAGGGUGUAAAAAAAAAAUUGUUUUGGGAGACUUUGCAGCCCAAUCCAUAACAGACCAUACCUUUUAUUUGUUUUAAUUGUAUUUUAUGAUACCACUGUAGGGGCUAUAAAACAAACUUGCUAUUUUUAAGGGAAUAUAUAUAUAGAUAUAGAUGCCUAUAACUUUGCCACUAAUAUUGUGGCAUGAUUAGUGCUUUUAAAAUAUUUGAUAAUGAAUACAUUUUUGCCUAUGGUGGUGCAGGGGUAAUUUUUCUGGAACUUUGUACAGUGAUACGAGCACUAUAUUUUUAUGGAAACAAAAGGGGGACAUGGAUUAUAAAUGUACAAAUGAAAUAUUUUAUACGCAAUUAUUAGCAUAGUUUUGAGAAAAAUACAUCUAACUUUUGUACACAUUUUCUACUAAGUAGAAUAGCUCAUUGGUUAAAACCAUUUUUGCUAAUUCUAAAAUACAGAGAGUGAAACUCAAAGUUGUUUAUAGAUCUGAUAUUGGCAAAUACAUUCUGAAGAUUUUUAUUAUUUGAACUAUUAGUUGCUUUUAGGCAUCACAAAUACUGUGCCAAAAGACAUAAUUGUUACAAAAUUUAGCUGUGACCAUGGCCAAAAUUUCACUAAUUGAAGGUGUAUUGAUUUUUACCAUCUGGGGUUAAUAUUGGUUUCUAAAAGAUAUGUCACCUCUGCUCAUGUCAUCACGAUUCUGUAUCCUGUGGUUAUGACACAUUUUUGUAAUAUGUGAAAAAGAUGAUUUUGGACAAAGACUCUUAAAUGUUCAAUUCAAGCAUUCUGUCUGUUACAAAGUGUAUAAGCUGAAAAAUAAAUGCUUUCACCUUACUGUAACAAAGUUUGUGUUCAAUGAAGAAUACCAAAUAGGUUUUCUUUAAAGGGAUAGUUCACCCAAAAAUUCAUAAUUUAAUCAUUUACUCACACUUAUGCCAUCCCAGAUGUGUGUGACUUUUUCAUCUGCUGAACACAAAUGAAGAUUUUUGGAAGAAUAUUUCAGCGCUGUAAGUCCAUACAAUCCAAGUAAAGGGUGGCCAGAACCCUGAAGCUCCAAAAAGCACAAACAGGCUGCAUAAAAGUAAUC